GUUAAAGUUUCGCUAAAUUUAUUCUAGAAAUAGAAAAUAUACUUUAUAUAUUUUGAUGUAUUUAAAUCCCUUUAAAUACCCGACUUGCAUUUCUUCAAGCAGUCAAGCAAACAUACAGAAAAAAAAGAGGAAAACGCAGACUUUGCUUACGAAGAGACAUUUAACGCGCAAAAAGUGGUGAGAAUAAGAACAAGGGUGUAACAACUGAAAAUGGGUAAAGCGAAGAAAGGAAAGCGAUCCGGCAAGGAUGAGGAAAUGGAUAGUGAUGUUGAGGUAGAUGAUCAAGCUGUAGAGGAGCCUGUUAAGCCUAAGGGCAAGACGAAGGACAAGAAGAAGAAAAAGGCUGAUGAUUUAGAUGAUGUUGCAAAUGAUGUGGAGCAACUUAACUUGGAAUCCGAUGAGCCUGUCAAGCCCAAGGCUAAGACGAAAGAUAAGAAGAAAAAGAAGGUCGAUGAUUUAGAUGAUAUGGGGGACGAGUUUGAUGAGUUUAAUCUGGAUACUCCAAAAGUCUCUAAAGCAACUAAAGCGAAAUCUAGUAAUAAGAAACCAAAGGCUAGUUUUGCCCUACUAGAGGUCGAAGAUGACAACGAUGAUGAUGAAGAACAGCCUCCUGAGAGUAAUGAUGAAUCGGAAAAAGCUGAGAGUAUUGAAAGGUCUAAACCACAGCAGCAGAAGGCUCAUGAGCCUCAAGGGAAAAAGGGAAAGAAAGGUAGGAAAAAACGGAAUGACAGUGAUGAGGAUAUAGAGAAGGUAUUAGCUGAACUAGAGAUGGAAUACUCUGGUCAAAAGAUAGAAAUUAAGGAGGAACCAAACGAGGCAGAAGACGAUGGAGAAAAGAAAAAGAAAAAGAAGGGCAAGGAAAAGGAGAAAGUCGAACCAAAGGAAGGUGAUGAGGAUGAAGCAGAGCAAGAAGGUAGCACUGUAAAAACAGCAGCACAAAAGAAGAAAGAGAAAAAGGAACGCGAGAAGCAGAAAAAAUUAGCUCAAAAGAAAGCGGAGGUUUCCAAGAAUGAUAAAGAAGGUGAACCACCCAAGGAACCACCAGCCCAGAAACCUGUAGAGAAAUUAGUGGAACCCGUAGCAACCGCAGACAAAGCGGCGAACGGUGAGCUCGAUGCUGAAGAUGGUGAAGGCAAAGAUGACAAGAAGAAGAAGAAAAAGGGCGCUAAAGAGGAUAUUAAAGAAAAAGGAAAAGGACCAGGAAAGAAGACAAUAGCGGCGAUGCAAGAGGCCUUGAAAAAGCUUAAGGAGGAUGAAGAGCGUUUGAAGCGCGAAGAAGAAGAACGUAUCCGGCAAGAGGAAUUGCGUGAGAAGGCGCGACUAGAGCAACUUCAACUGGAACAGGAAAGAAAGGAAAGGAAGAAGUUGAAAGAGAAGCAGAGAAAGGAGAGAUUGAAAGCAGAAGGAAAACUUCUGACCACAAAACAGAAACAAGAUCGUGCGAGGGCGCAGGCGAUGAUUGAUGCCCUAAAAGCUCAAGGAAUGGAACUUCCCGACGUAGGUGAGAAGAAGCCUCGUCCAGGAACACGAGUUAGACCUAAUAAGGUGAAGCAGCAAAUCAGUACAGAGGAAAGAGAUGAGAAAAAGUCUGAGGGAGACUCGAAACAAGGUGACCAAGUUCACGUGGAAAUCGUUGAUCAGCAAUCGAAGGAAGAGGAAAGAAAGAAGGAAGAGGAAGUUAAGGAUUCCUGGGAUGCGGAAUCCAGCGAUGAAGAACCAGACGAAGACAAGUCUGACGAGGCUUCCAAGAAAUCUCAAGCAGUCCAGAAACAGGGGCAAACUGUCAAGGAGGAAUCCUCAGAAAGUGAGUCAGAGACUGAGAGCGGAAGCGAAUCCGAGAGCGAAGAGGAAAGCGACGAGGAGGAGAGUAGCAUCGAGGACAAAAUGACGGACGCGGAGCGUAAAAAGGAACGUGCUCGAAACAGGAUACAAAAUAGGAGAGUAGAGGCAGAGAAAAAGAAAUCUCUGGAUAACCUUCGUGCGGCUGUCGUCUGCGUUCUAGGGCACGUAGAUACUGGAAAGACGAAGAUCUUAGACAAACUCAGAAGGACUAACGUCCAGGAUGGUGAAGCUGGUGGAAUAACGCAACAGAUCGGUGCCACCAAUGUACCCAUUGAAGCUAUUCAUGAAUCUACGAGGCAUGUGAAAGGAUUUGCUGACAAAAAGCUGAAGCUUCCCGGUCUCCUGAUCAUCGAUACACCUGGCCACGAGUCCUUUAGCAAUCUCAGGAACAGAGGAUCCUCCCUCUGUGACAUAGCCGUACUCGUGGUAGACAUAAUGCAUGGUCUGGAACCUCAAACUAUCGAGAGUAUCAAUUUAUUAAAAGCUAAGAAGUGUCCAUUCGUCGUCGCCCUGAAUAAGAUCGACAGGCUCUACGACUGGCAGACCAUGAACCGUAAGGACGUCCAGGACAUAGUAAAGAACCAGGCAUUAAACACUCAGAGGGAAUUCGAGAAACGUGCCAAGGAUGUUAUCGUACAAUUUGCGGAGCAAAGUCUAAAUGCUGCGCUGUUCUACGAGAACCCAGAUCCUAGGAGUUACGUGUCUCUAGUGCCAACCAGUGCGAUCACGGGGGAGGGUAUGGGUAACCUCCUCGCCCUGAUCGUAGACGCUUGUCAGGGUCCACUGGCCAAGAGACUUAUGUACAGCGAGGAACUCCAGGCGACGGUCCUAGAAGUGAAAGCCCUAGCUGGUUUGGGUACAACAAUAGACUGUAUUCUAGUCAAUGGUACCCUGAGAGAAGGUGACACGAUGAUCGUCGCCGGUACCGAUGGUCCCAUAGUAACUCAAAUUCGCUCCUUGUUAAUGCCUCAACCUCUCAAGGAAUUACGGGUAAAGAAUGCUUACAUUGAGCAUAGAGAAGUAAAGGCAGCCCAGGGUGUGAAGAUAGCAGCAAAGGACCUGGAGAAGGCCAUCGCGGGACUGAAUCUUCUAGUGGCACAGAAGCCUGACGAGGUGGAGUUGCUGAAGGAGGAAAUAGCCCGUGAACUUACGAGCACCCUGGGCAAUAUAAAGCUAACUGAACGCGGUGUCUUUGUACAAGCAUCGACUCUGGGUGCCCUGGAGGCUUUACUCGACUUCCUCAGGAGCAGCAAGAUUCCGUACGCCGGCAUUCGAAUCGGUCCGGUCGUCAAGAAGGACGUUAUGAAGGCCUCCAUCAUGCUGGAACACGACAGCCAGUACGCCACCAUAUUGGCUUUCGACGUGAAGAUCGAACGUGACGCCCAGGAACUUGCCGACUCCCUCGGCGUCAAGAUAUUCCAGGCCGACAUCAUUUACCAUCUAUUCGACAAGUUCACUGCCUACCGGGAGGAACUGAAGAAACGUAAACGCGACGAGCAUAAACAUAUCGCCGUCUUCCCUUGCAAACUUCGUGUUUUGCCCCAGUACAUAUUCAACUCGAGGGAUCCAAUAGUCAUGGGUGUCAUGGUGGAGGCUGGUAUCGUCAAGGAAGGAACACCAGUCUGCGUGCCCAGCAAGGACUUCGUCGAUCUCGGUAUCGUCACCAGCAUAGAGUACAAUCACAAGUCCGUGGAGACGGCCAGGAAGGGACAGGAAGUCUGUAUAAAGAUCGAGCCGGUACCCGGCGAGGCGCCGAAGAUGUUUGGCAGACAUUUCGACGAGAAGGACAUGAUUGUCAGUAAGAUCAGCAGACAGAGCAUAGACGCCUGCAAGGAAUAUUUCAGGGACGAUCUCGUGAAGACCGACUGGCAGCUAAUGGUGGAACUGAAGAAGCUCUUCCAGAUCCUUUAAAGGAAUACGAAGGUCGGCCAUACUGCAGAGGAGGCGUCGUGACGGAAGAGAGGCGGCCAUCUUCCACGUGGUGGUUUUUUUUCAUUCUGGGAUUGGCGCGCAUGCGCGGCGUAAUGCGUUUCUAUGGAAAAUAUUCGAAGGACGGGAUGGACACGGAGGAAGAGAGAAACGAAGAAGACUAUUCUACGAAUGAAUUACUUGGGAUCUAUUUCGUAUAGAUAUGAUUAAUUAAGAGGGAGUAGAGAGCGUGGGGGGGGGGAGGAUUUAAACGUGCUUAAUUAAGGACAUUCGAUACUGUCGUACGUAUCAUUCAAUUAAUGUUUGAUAUAAAAACUAUCGUUUAGCCAUUUAUAAUAAUUGCGUUGAGUCCUUUGGUCAAAUUAUAAAAAACAAAAAGAAAAAUGUAAAUCGAAGGCAGAACUUAAAUUCUUUGGAAUUAUUGCGAAUGGUCUAUUUGAUAAUGAGGGCAGGGGCGUUUCAGUGCGAUAAAACGGGUAGCGAUUCUUUAUUUAAAAAAAGAAAAAACUUGUAAUUCACCUCGAUUCUCGACACUCGUCGUAUAUACGUACAAUACUUAGUUCUUGUUCUUCCUUUAAUUUUACUUCUCUCUCUCUCUCUCUCUCUCCCUCGAAAGAGAGAGAACGUUUUGUUAAUAGGAUAUAUACUAGGUAGCUGCAAGUCCCGUAUGACCCGCGGCCGAGCUAUGUUGAACAUAGUAUAGGCGGACGUUUUAUUGAAAGUAUAGCUUUGCCGCGUGACCUCACAUCCGGUCUGGUCUUCUCAAUCGAUUGUACCAGACGUACGCGCGCGGAUCAAUAAAUAAUUAUACAUAUUAUACAUAAUAUUAUUCAUACAAUUAUACACGCAUACUGACGUUGAUUAAUGGGAGUGGGAUAAUUGGAGUGAGAGGGAUAGAAAGUGCGAGG